AUGGACCUGUAUACAGAGCUAGGAGAACUAGCCUUGAAACAUGGAUCCUACAGGUUCACUGCUGCCAUGAACUUAGCUGAAAAGAAAUCUUUUCAUUGCUUUAUGUGUCAAAUGGAUUUUGUCUCAGACUUCACCUUACAAGUUCACCAGCGUUUCCGUCACAAACCAAAGUCAUUUCAUUGUUAUGUAUGUAAUAAAGAUUUCUUAAACAACAGCUACCUGAAGAUGCACAAAGCUUCACAUACUGUAAUGGAGAAUCCAAAACAGUUCAAUUGUUCAUCCUGUGACAAGACUUUUGUCUCAGAUUUUACGUUAAAACUCCAUCAACUACUACAUUCAAGACAAAGGCCAUUCCACUGUGAUGUGUGCGAUAAAGAUUUUCUGAAUGACUUCUGUUUGGUGAAACACAAAGAAUUACAUGGAAAGAAAACAUUUCAAUGUCCAAAAUGUGAACAGAACUUCUCAAAGCUGCCACUUCUAAGACUGCAUUUGAAACUGCAUUUUAAACGUAAAUUUCUGCUGCAGUCAAGGAUGAAAAGACCUGCCAAUGACUUCAGUAGUUAUUGUAGCAGAGAAUACACUAACCAUGGAUGA